AACUUCGAGAAGAUCUGAAAAAGGGGUUGUACGAGUGAUGAUGUGAGCGGAUAAUACGGGCAAUCGUCUGACGGCCUGUAUUAUCGCUGGCUUGGUGGUCAGGAGUGUAAUGGGCGCGUGUCUGCCGCUUGCUGGGCCGUCAAUGUAUAGGACGCUGGGGUUGAAUUGGGCUGGGACGUUGCUGGGUCUUGUUGAAAUGUUAUGCGUCUCUGUUCCAGUAGCCUUCUACUUUUACGGCUAUAAGAUCCGUGAGAGAAUUCCCAUGAUACAAGAAAUUACUAAGCUUUAGACAAGUCGAGAGUAUAUAAUAACUUGAAAAACAAAG